AUGGAAUGUAAGUCACUUGACUGCUGUUACUGUUGAUCUGUGUGCAUCUGCUGCUGCCCCUGCCUCCCUCUUAUCUCAUCUCCUUGUUUAUUCUCUAUUUCUGAGUCAUAUUAAAAAGGUUUCAGCACACUGGUUGGAAGCCAGAGAAAUGUUUGGUGUAUGAAUCACAGUUAAAUGAAGUCUGCUUACUUUCCUCUAGCUUUAGCUGUGAUUUCUGUUUGGAUGCAACCAAGUUGUUAACUAUAUAUAUAUAUAUUUUUUUCUACAAUCAACGUGGAUGCCGAUAGCUAAGGGGCAGGUCGGCCAAUAACCAAUAAUGCCAAUAUCAUGUUGUUUUUGUUUGUUUCUUUCAUUUGAUAAAUUACAUCAUUUUUUUUAAUACCAUCCAUUUUGCCAUACACAUAAUAUUAUAUCCAUGGUCAUUUUCACAAAAAAACAUGUUUGUGAUGGUUUCAAUUAGUUCAUUGAAUAGAAAAAACACUGGGUUGUGCUAAAUUUCAGAACAGUUAUGUGAGAGACAGUAUCAAACUGCAUUGUUCUUUACAUCAUAACAGAAUUGAUAUUAAACGCUUGUCAGUAAGUGUUUUUGAUUGAAUAUGUUGCCAUUUAACAUGGGAAAAAUAUGUUAUCAUUCAAGAGGACAUUAACAUUGCUUGAUAAUGUCAUUAUCCUAUAUUUUACCUCAGCAAUGAGUAGAUGUAAAAAAUUGAAGUGGAAUCUAGUCACACAGACAAGGCUGCCAGCACAUUAUCUGUUUAAUUCUUAGUUAAUUAAUCAGCCCAACCAACUAAUCUGUCUAUCUGUAGUGUCGACACUGGUGGAGACGUGGGCAUCAACAGAGUAUAAAACGUUUGGCAUGCUUUUCCAUGUCAUGGCAGUGGAAAAGAGAAACAAAAAUAGAGAAAGUUGUGCGGUUGUGAACCUUCAGUCUAUGUAUGGCAUAAAUGACAUAUCCCAGCUGAUUCACAGAGGAUGAGCAUUCUGAAAUACAGAGAAAAAACAAAUGUGCCUGACUUCAUUUUUGUGUAUGUGUGUUCUAGGUCCAGUCCUCUGCUCAGAAGACGAGACUCGUCUGGUGAAAGACCUGUUUCUGGUUAACAGUUACAACAAGGUGGUUCGGCCUGUGAACCACUUCAGUGAGGCCGUAGUGGUCACAGUGGGACUGCAGCUAAUACAGCUUAUCAGUGUGGUGAGUGAGAGUGAAAAAGUCACAACUAGCAACGGUAUAUCAUGUAUAGGGAUGUAAUGAUAUGAAAAUUUAACAUUACGAUUAUUGUGACCAAAAUUAUCAUGGUUAUCAAUAUUAUCACAGUAAUGUUGAAAUAUGUUCAAAAUGUUUAAAAAGUACUUAUACAUGCCCUGAAAUCAUGAAACAAAGUUUUAUUUUGAAAAAAAAACAAUCAAAGUAACAUGCAGAAUGAACUUUUCCUUAACCUGAAAUAACAGAGGAAUGAUGAGCUUGAAAAAUUAAAGAUGGGGCCUUAAAAGAGCCAGAAGUAAUCAACACUAGUACUAGUAACAACAAAGUACAAAGUAAUGUGCCAGUGGCAUAAACAUUAACAUGAUAACAAAUAAAUAGAAUUUAAAUAAAAUGACAUUCCUUACUGUGCAAAUUGUAAGAAUCCUCAGUGCUCAAAAAGAUCUACUCUUACAACUAUAAAACAGAGCAACACUACUUUAUAAAACAAUACAACCACAUGUAAACAAAUGUGUAGUGUAGGUGUUUAAAAUAACAUAAAGUAUGUAAAUAAAUCAAAUGAACCACACCAAUUGUCGGUUUUCUCCACCAUAAGGUGCUGCUGCUGACUUUGUUCACUACUUGAGACUGAAAUGUAAAAAUUUCUGCAUAUUUACUUGGUCUGGUUUGAGUAGUGAUCUGCGAGGGUAAACAAUGUGCCCGCUGGCACUGAAUAGCCUCUCGGAUGGCAUGCUGGUUGCUGGGAUGCACAAAGCUUGCUGGCAACCCUUUGUAGAGGCAGAAAUACACCCAGACUUCGGACUUUGUUUUCUUUGACAACGGAAAAUCUCUGCAACAUGGUCGGCACAAAUGUCCGCAAAACUGCCCUCCGCCAUGUUUACAAGUUGUAUACUGCACAAUGCGAAUGCGCGCGGCGCGCCUGUGUUCGAAGGACUGCUGUGUGCGGCUGCUCUUCUCAGCACUGAGCAGUCUGUGAGCUUUUCCAGAGUGGGGCAAUCAAACACGGUUUUGACGGUAAUUAAAAUCUGAAACAGUAGUACUAACCGUCACACAUUUUACCGCGGUUUAUCAUCAUUACAUCCCUAAUCAUUUAGUUAUACCAAUUAUGCUCAUAGUUGUAUCUCCAUGACUUAAGGCUUGUAGGCUUCUUCUAAAUGUAAAUGUCUGACUAUAAAGGCUAUCUCCGACUUCAUUUCUAUUUUACACAAAGAAAAAAAUUAACAUCCGUUUCAACUGCAACAAAGCCGUUACAAAAGUCGCAUGCAUUUGCAACUACUGGAGCUACUGGAGCUUGUAGAGUGUGCACCUCUAUCCAGUUAAUUAAAAAACAAAACAAACAAACAAAAAAAAAAACGAUGACCUCAUAACAACUGGAUAAAGACUCACAAAAUUUAAUGUGCCAGUCUCCUUGGUGAGAAAGGUUGCUAAAAUCAUUUUUAAAAUAGACAGACAUUUCGAUGCUGUGAUCAUACUGUGCAAAUCAUCAAGAACCCUUGCAGAAAUCCAGUAACAACGCAUCAAGAUGACUGACACCUAACCACAUUAUGCUGUUAUAGAAAAGUUCCUCUUUCAUUAACUCGGUCAGCAGCCUCUGUGAAGUGCACCUCAAAACCUGAAUAACAACAACCACAAGGACUCAGGGAUGGCAUGGUGGCCACAGCAACACAAGAGAAUGACAUGCAAAUUGCAAAAAAUGUACUUUUUGUGCUUGCAGCUCUCUUUCUGUAUCACAAGCCUUUGAUGAGCAACCAAUAUAUGACCCUGGGUUCAGUCCUCUGAUGAGACAGACGCGUUCGGUUUAGAGUUUGCAUGUCUGAAUACUUGGCACCUUGCUAAAUGUUUCAAGUGGUAACUAAAGCUCCUAUUUUAAAUAAACACCUAAUGUGUCACAUUAUGAUCAUUUGAUACUCAAUUUCAGCAUCUUACAAGAUGACACCCAUUACUCUUUGUCUUUACUUGAACUAAGCAACUCUUUGCAAAAACUACUUUAUGGUAAAAUGUACAACAUAAAACAGAGAUACUGUGAAAUGUGCCACCCAUUUCACAGUUUGGCAACUAUUUGUAGCUCUCCUUCUGCAUCCUUGAUUAACUCCACCAGCCUGUAAAGAUGGGUACCACAGCUAAAAUGUAGCUUGAUUUGGCACCCAUUUUACCCACUUUAAAACUGAAAGUACCCUUUCAUCUCAAGCUCUUGCCAGCAUGUUGUCAAGCACGAGGUACAGCACACUACAAUAUAGAGGUGCAACCGAUCAAAAAACUCACGUUCCGAUUGUUUCUCUGAUCAGAGUCACAGAUCGGAUCAUUUUUCCGAUCAGCAAAAAAACAGACGUCCACUCGUCUGUUUGUGAGCGCAACAGAAGAUGCUCAGGAUGGUUCAUCCACAACUUUUUUAAAGACUAAAGAUCUGGCACAUUCUUUUCCCUGAGGUGGGUGCGCAACAGGACGCUGUAAAAUGACUCCAGCACUUUCAGUAUAUGUUUAAGCCCUCGUUUAGCACAACCGAAUAUGGCCUCAAGUCUGCAGCUAUACUCACACCGAUAGCGUUUGUGAUGGCUGUAGCCCGAUCGGAUUGUGAAGCAAGGGGCUACUUGCCGCGGUGAUAAGCGGUUGUUAAGCAGCCUUUGUUUUCACUCUUGCAAGUGAAACACUGGGGUGAUCUCGCUUCAAAUGUGUGGCCAUGCUUGAUGUGUUUGCACUGUCAUAUGGCUCGCCAUAUGACCAUGCUGCUCUCCACAUGCGUGGGGACUGAACAUACUCAAACCCUUUUUUUUUUUUCAUAAACCAAUCUGUGGAUCACAUGUGUGCGGAACCAAAGGUAUUGAGCCAAACGGAUCCUGGAUCAAUGAUGAUCCGUGGCGUCACUACUGAAGUAUGGUACUGAGUUUGCAAAAUCAACAAAAGCCAAUAAACCCUCUCAAAAGUUGGUCGAAUAUUUGAUAAUAUGCCACAGAUCUCAUUCAUGCAUGUCUCUUUCACCUCGUAGCGCAUUAUACAAAACUCAAGUGCACAUGUGUGGCCGCUUCACGUUCAAAGAGACGCAAUUGUAAUUGUAAGACUUCUCAAUGCAAAGCUCCUGAGGGAAGAUGUCGUUCCUUGUGAAAGCUUUUAGAGUUAACUAAAAUCAAAUAUGGAAAUUUAACAGUGUAUCUUUUUAAUGCUUACUGGCAUACAUUUUAUAAUUUGUCCAUAACGCUCACUAUUUUUCUGUCCUUUCUGUACCUUUAAGGAUGAAGUGAACCAGAUCGUGACCAGUAAUGUUCGACUCCGACAGGUAAAAUUGCUUUAAAAUCUACUGUAUGUAUUUAAAAAAAAAAAAACAAUCACUGCUCAUAAUGAAUGGUUUUUAGGAUUUAGGUUGUACUGGGCAUGCUACAAUGCAAAUGAUGAGUUUAAAAAGAGAGAGAAUAAUGUCUCAGAUUUUAUGAUAAAUGUUUUGUUUUGUUUUUUCUGUGGAAGGCCUACAUUAAUGAUUAUUUUAGUCAAACAUUUGUUACCCAGUUAAUGUACUGCAAAUGUUAGCUUAUUGGUACUUACUUUCUAUCAAGUGGUUCUUUUUAAUUUACUUUUACAGUAUUUCUGAAAUCAGAUCCACAAAUUGAACCACAAAUGAAUGUUUAAUGUAAAUUUAACAUAACUGAGAGAGAGGAUGGUUUAGAUGAUUGGAUAUUUAUUGUAAAGAAAAGAAACAGGACAGGUGAUGGGUGAUGAUUUUAAAAUAUACAGGUAUUUUAUUGUGAUAUGAACUGGGUAUCAGCAUAUUAGAUUUGCACACUGAUGAAGUGAAUAUGAGUGAAGUAAUUCUAAUGUUAUCAUCAUGUAUUUUAUCCCAGCAAUGGGUAGAUGUGAAUCUGAAGUGGAAUCCAGAUAACUAUGGUGGCAUCAGAAAGAUCAGAAUCCCCUCAACAGACAUAUGGAAACCUGACCUGGUGCUGUACAACAAGUAAACACACAUUCUUUAUCUCUUAAAUACCUAAGCACACACUUACUUUAUGCGUUAAAUUAAGGUCUUCGACUAUUCCCGUCUCUUCCUCCCUCUUUUGCAGUGCUGACGGUGACUUUGCCAUCAAGCAUGAGACUAAAGUCCUGCUGGAGCACACUGGGCUGAUAACGUGGAACCCACCGGCCAUCUUUAAGAGCUACUGUGAGAUCAUUGUCCUCCAUUUCCCAUUUGACCUGCAGAACUGUAGCAUGAAACUGGGAACCUGGACAUAUGAUGGACUGCUGGUUGUCAUCAACCCAGUGAGUGUAAAAAUUUUAAAGGAUGAUCAGGGAUUAGUUAUUUCUUUUAUCUUCCUUUUUGCUCUGUUGCCAUGCAUUUUUCUCUGUUUCCUGUCUGUAGGACAGUGACCGGCCUGACCUCAGUAACUUCAUGGAGUCGGGUGAAUGGGUGUUGAAGGACUACAGGAGCUGGAAGCACUGGGUUUACUACACCUGCUGCCCUGACACACCAUACCUUGACAUCACCUACCAUUUCCUGAUGCUGCGACUGCCUCUCUAUUUCAUCGUAAACGUCAUCAUUCCCUGCAUGCUGUUCUCUUUUCUCACAGGAUUGGUCUUUUACCUGCCUACUGACUCUGGUAUGUAGAUCCUGCUGCAGCUAUAGAGUGCAUAGGUACAUUUGCAGAACCUUAAGAAAAUGAAGUAUGAAAAUACAAAAGUGUGUUCAUUUCUUUGUCUGCAGGUGAAAAGAUGACUCUGUCCAUCUCUGUCCUGCUGUCUCUUACUGUCUUCCUGCUGGUUAUUGUGGAGCUGAUCCCCUCAACCUCCAGUGCUGUCCCUCUCAUUGGGAAAUACAUGCUCUUCACUAUGGUCUUUGUUAUUGCCUCCAUUAUCAUCACCGUCAUCGUCAUCAACACACAUCACCGCUCACCCAGCACACACACCAUGCCUCCCUGGAUCCGCAAGGUGUCAUUUUAAUCUUCCUAUAAUGAAUAUAAGAAAUGUUGAUAUUACUAUUAAAGUUUGGGGGGGAAAAGUGUAAAAUGUGAUUAAUAUCCGUAUUUGUCUGUGCCCCAGGUCUUCAUUGAAACCAUUCCCAACAUGAUGUUCUUCUCCACAAUGAAGCGUCCCGGUCAGGAGAUCAGACAGAAGAGACUGUUCCCUACUGAUAUGGACAUCUCGGACAUCUCAGGCAGGUUACAAACAAAUCACAGCAAACAUUCUCCCACAAGAUGCGUUGUCUUUUGGUUUAAAAUGAGGGUAUUACUACCGGUAGGAAACUGUCCCUAAAUGUGAAGCAAAAUAGGAAGAAAAACUCAUUUUAACUGCAGUUUUCAAGUGUCUGUAGUCUCUCCUUGUGUUCCCAAAAUCACAACGUCUUUCUGCUCUCUACCCUGCAGGUAACCCUACUCCCACUAGUGUCACCUAUCAGUCCCCCAUUGCUAAAAACCCUGAUGUGCGCAGUGCCAUAGAGGGGGUGAAGUACAUCGCUGAGACCAUGAAGUCAGAUGAGGAAUCAAACAACGUAAGACAACAGCUUCAAAUGCUUAUUUUUACCUUGGCAAUUCAAUCAUUUGAUAAAUAAGGCUGUUGUGUCAGUAAACUGUCAAACAUAGAGGAGCAACAAAGUUUAAUCAAAUGUUAACUACACUGCUUCAAUCUACAUCCUAAAUCAGACCCCUCAGACAUGUCUGUCCUUGUAUUCUCAUUCCAGGCAGCAGAGGAGUGGAAGUUUGUUGCCAUGGUUUUGGACCACAUCUUGCUCUGUGUGUUCAUGGCUGUUUGCAUCAUCGGGACACUUGCUGUGUUUGCUGGGAGACUCAUUGAGCUCAACAUGCUGUAAAGGCCUGAUCCAAAAGGGAUUGCAUGUGUUUUUAUCAGCAUGGAUGGAGUUGUGUAAUUCAGUCGUUCAUCAAGGACUGAUUUCAGUGGGAUUGAUUGCUAAAUGCUGG